GAAAACCUAUCUCCCUUUCUUUCAUUCAUCACUUCUUUUAUGCCUUGAAAAUAUCUUCUCGAUUCUUUCAGAUCAAAGUUCACGAAAUUAUGGCUACAUUGGCUCCUGGGAUUCUUCUGAAACUACUCAAUGGGAUGAACACCGGAGUCAAGCCAACGAGUGAACACAGGAGCUCGCUUUUGCAGGUCACUGAUAUCGUGCCGGCUGAUCUCGACGAGAAGAAUCUUUGGCCUACACAUGGGUUUUACAUCAAAGUCUCGGACUCUUCGCAUUCGAUUUACGUUAGUCUUCCUUCGGACCAAGACGAUUUUGUUCUUAGCAACAAGAUGCAACUUGGGCAGUUCAUUUAUGUUGAUAGAUUGGAGCCUGGCUCCCCUGUUCCCGUUGUUAAAGGUGCAAAGCCUCUCCCUGGGAGGCAUCCCUUAGUUGGGACACCGGAGCCUUUAAUGGGUUUAAGAAAGAGAGGGGAGAAAAGUGAGCAGAAACAAGAUACUCAGUUGCAUAGAAGAGGCUCUUGGGGGAAAGGUCCUAAUGGAACUGAUGAGAUCUCUUCUCCUUUGGUGUUAAAGCCGGUGCCGUUGGAUUUUGAUCAGUGUACUCCGGUGAAAGAGCGGAGAACUCCGUUGAUGUCACCGAUGAUUAGAAGAGGUGCGAAAGAUGGGAACGUUAGAGCUGGUGGUGUAAGGUGCUCUUAUGGUGGGGGAUUGUUGGCUAAAAUGAUGGAUACUAAAGGAGAAAGUCCAGCUUUGCUUAGAAAAAGCUGUGCUGCACCUUCUUCGGCGUCGAAGUUUCCGAGGAGCAAAAGUGUCAGCGACCGAGAGCCUAGGAUCCCAGUUUGUUCUCUCAACUCAGCUCCAUUGCAGGAAAAGAAAAGUUCAACCCCACCACCAAGUUUAAAGCGUGGAAGGGUGGCCUCGGCUUCGAUAAAUAACUCGAGUUUUACUACCCAACAAGAAGAAUCUCAACUUUAUAACGAUUCUUCCAUUGAUAACAACAAAACUCUACCCAUGAUUUUACCUGGGAAACUUGGCAUGUUGGGCAAGGAAGCUGUUCAGCAACGAGAAACGGCUCAAAAGAUUGCUCUUCAAGCACUGAGAGUUGUCACUGCCACAGAUAGUUUAGUUCGCUCUCUCAAGAUGUUUUCCAAUUUAAGCAAAUCAGCAAAACCAGAAGCUCCGGCCGCAUGCUUCGACCACUUUCUGGAAUUUCACGCCCAAAUUGUGCAGGCCCUGAGUGAGAUAGUGUCGGUCCAAGCAGCUACUUCGGCAACUAAUGGAACAUUACAAGCCACAAAAGCUGAAAAAAGAGGAGAAGAUGAACCGGCAAUCUUGAAUGAAAUUGCGCACAAUUCGAUGGACCAAAGCAAAAGGCGAGCUGCAUUGUACAAGUCAAUCGCAGGGUUCCCCGAGAGAAGUGAGCAAAAUAGGCUCCUAAGGUCAAAUUCCAAAGUUCCAUCAACCCCACUCAGGAAACUGUCCAUCGAAUCAUCGGCUGCCGAGAACGACGAAAACAAGCCUGUAUCGAGCAGUUUAAGCAGUACAAUAAAAUUGGGGAAGCAAAUCGAAGCGGAAGCAGGGAAUUGGUUCAUGAACUUCCUGGAGAAAGCUUUGCACAAUGGUAUGAAGAAACCCCAAGGCGAUGGGGAGGCCAAGAAAGUGCCUCAGUCUCUGAUACUCAAGGUUAUUAAUUGGGUAGAGGUGGAACAGUGUGAUGCCAACAAGCGACCGGUUCAUCCAAAUGCAACACAGAUUGCCAGGAAGCUUAGGAUUAAGAUGAAGAAUCCUUGAAUUCGGUCUAAAUAUCCUAUGUAAACAUUAUAUUGCACUUCUAAAAGUAAAUCUGUUUUUGUUGGAUUGUUUGGUUCUCAGUUGGUGAUUUAAUGUUGUUGGGAAGCGUCUUUAUGGAGAUGAUACAUUGGCACAUGAUAUUGAUGUAUGGGGAAACAUUAUAUUAAUGUUGUUGGGAAGCGUCUUUAUGG